UCCUUGUCUCACUCAUUUAAAGAAUGAAAUUUAUAAAAAUUUUAUAUAAUCUUUUCAGUCGCUCCAUCACAUUACCAUCGAUACCAUUUUGCACCUUAAUUAUUUAUUAACUCUUCUGUACGGAUGUAACGAUUUUACUAUGGGUCUAUGAAUAAAUUAAAUACAUAUAAAUAAAAGACCUGUUCCAUUUUAUUUGUUUACCUCAAUAUUACAUUUCUUGUAUACACAUACUCGUAAUUUGUGUUUUUAUUUACAAAGUGAUUUGCCAGUUGCAUUAAUUAUCCAGCACUCGGCGCCGCCUACGCGUAGUCUUCUUCCGACUACCUGUUGCACAAUGAAAUUUGAAUUGUGCGUUGGUGACGGUUACCCGAACGUAUGCGGCGUGCCUGUAAAGUUUGGCGUCAACCUGUUACGCGAUCAACAGGCGUUCGCGUCGACGACGAUGUCUCGCUUUUAGAGUCGUUCCAAGAGGCUUGGAAGCUAAUUUUCUCCGAGAGAUGAGUGACUCUGGAGACGCUGUGAAGUACAAAUGGACCCCCGAGAGUACUGCGUUGUUAGUGUCGGUAUGGUCGGAUAGGCAAGUCCAAAAGCAGCUCGAGUACACGACGAAACCGCAACUGAUAUGGGAAAGCGUCGCGCGGUACAUGAAGAAGAAAGGAUACAAUGUUUCUGGGAAACAGUGCCGAUCGCGCAUGAAACAGGUUCUGGUGUGUUAUCGCGAGGCCAAAAGAGCUGGUACAAAAGCAGGGGUCGAGCAGUAUUACGAGUCGAUCGAUAGAGUUCUUAAGAUCAAACGUCUGGAAGAAAGUAACCUGAAUGGCAUCGAUACUGUAGAUGCUGCGAUAAACGUUAAGUCUCCUCCGAAAGAAGUUAAGACAAGUAAAAAUUUACAAAUGAGACACAAGUUUCAGGAGCCUGUACAGUCGCUUCAUCGUUCUGACGCGUUGUCUCCUACAUGGGGAUUCAGCCGUGAAAACGAGUAUCCCGAUUCUCCUGAGUCUAACGAGACUAUCAUAGCUAGACCUUAUAGAGUGUUUUCACCUACAAGGGAUGUAGCUAUUAAUACAGGGGAACAGUUGGUACAGAUUGCUGGGAAGGCUACACAGUGCAAUUCUGUUGCAAUGGAGGAACCAGUGCAUGCCAAUUACAAACAAAAUUUAUUGCACGUUUAUCCCUACGGAGAGGUGCCGUAUCAAAAUUCAGUGCAGAAUGUGAGGAAUCAAAUAAUUCAAGAGAACAUGCAACAGCAUCAAAAUUUGCAACAGAAUUGCAUGAGUAACCAACAGAAUAUGAUGAUGAAUAAUUUAGGGUUCCAGCAGAGUCAGUACAAUGUAAAUCAGAAUCUAGUGUCUCAGCCUGUAAAUGUUCCAAUGAAAAUAAGCCCAACAAUGCCGCAGAAUACUAAUUUUGAGCAGCUACUACAACAACAGAAUCACUUGCAACAAGUGAAUAAUCGUGCAAUGCCGCAAGAGCCUAGAAAAAUUGUGUUUGGCCAGAAUCUGGCAGCUACUUAUAAACAACAGUAUGGCAAUACGUUGAUUCACAUGCCUGCCGUAAUAGAUACGAAGAGAGCCAGCUGUCUGUCUCCAGAUUAUUCUCCAGAUGUGACUCAAAACUUGAAUGAUGCCUUUUGCCAGUCGAAAGGUGACGACAAAGCGCACAACUUGAAUGAAACUUACAACCAAGCUGCGCAGGCAGCCAAUCCGUUACCGAACCAGGAUGUCACUGUACUAACAAACAAUGCAACUUGCAACGAUGACAGUAUGUUGUUAGACUUUCUGAUGGAUUCUCUGAGUCAAGCAGGAAGCGAGAACAAAUCAAAGGACACCGCAGUUAACACAGAUGAUAUUCCGAACGUGCCUUUCAGGAAGAAGAAAGCACAGAAAUUGGAACAGCUGGUUCUAACUGCCAUCAGUUCUCAAAACGAAGUUGUCAACAGGAUCCUCUCCGCACAAAAUGACAUGUUAACGAAGUUCUUGGACAUAGACAGAGAUCGCCAUAGCAGACUGGAGAAUCGAUUGGACGAUCUACUGAAAGUAGUGCACAGCAACGUACUUGCAAAGCAGUGUUCAGAACUGGACGUUGAGAUACCUCCACCGCCACCCGAACCGAUAAUAACGUCUUUGGUGCCUCCGCCCAGACCUGGCAUGCCGCCUCCUAAAUUGGAUCUGGUUCCUCCGAAACCUUGCCGAGUUCCUUGUACCAUGGCAAGCUCUAACGUUGAAUUAAUCAAUCAGAAUCCCGUGUCGACGAGGCCGGGGAUCGUCUCGCCCAUAACCAGUCCAGUGAAGAAGCCUGGGACCAUAUGGUCGAAACUGGGACCGGUGUCACAGUCACCGUUUGUAAAGGCUCAGCAGCGCUUGGGUUUCCAAACGGUCCCAACCACAGAGACUCGGACUCAGUCCUCCGCGGAGAGGCGCAUAGCCAAGGAGGUGGACAAAUUCAAGAUGGACACGGAAACGCUGAAGCUCGAAACGGCCAAGUUUCUGGAAACGGAGAGACAGCUGGAGGAGAAGAUAGAGAACGCUCGUCUCGAGAAAACCAUGAGCCAGUCGCUGCACGCUCGCAGGAGACUGUUUACUCAGCGAGAACCCACCGCGGCGAUGAUACUGACCGCCGCGUUCUUGGAGAACGAAUGUCGCACCUCCGAGGAACUGAAUCAUCACGCGAACCAAGGGAACACGAGGAACGUCGAAGACGACCUGUUGGCUGGCCAAGGCGAGAGCUACGACCGUUUUCGUCAGCUGAACGCUAGGCCGGUGUGCACGGCCGGCGAGCCCUGCGACACGUCCACUCCGGCGAAGUUCUGUCCCACGUCCGGCAACGGCGAGAGAGCGUCCGUGUCGGUGCCAAAGCAGACGAUUCAACAGUUGGCGCAGCUCGUGAUGAACACCGGCAGGUGGAAGGAUCUGGCCAAGCAAAGCGAGCAGCAGCCUCGCGUGCAGCCGGUCCAGGUGAACGUGGACAGGCAGAACGUCUGCCCGCUCGGUUACAGCGAGGCGUUCACUGCGCAACCCCUGCCGAGGGAGCAGUACGCGAAAGGCGAGAAGAGUCACGUGAAAGACUGGCUGCUGAACAAGUACGGGGAUCCGACGAACGAGCAGAAGGCUGUCUACGGGCCACCUUACAAUAACGCGAGCAAAAAGGCUAACUUCCCUAUGGGCUUCACGACCACGAUGAUGGAUAGUGAAGUACCAAAAGUGAAAGAGGCCAAUGUCGAGAUCUGCAGACCCGUUGGGUUCAACAACAACGUGCUGCCGGACCGCAAGCAACAGACUGUGCGUUUCAUGGACGAAGCGCUGGCCGAGCUGCAACGCAUGUACGUCGAGAGGAUGGCCAUAGAUCAGCAGGACAAGAACGACAGCUUGCCGUAUGUAACUGGUGGCAACGGUGGUAACGGCGUUACCGUUCAGAACAGGCAAAUGAUCGAGAAAUACAUGAAUGAUAUCAUGCCAAAGAGGCAGCUGAAAGAUGGCAAAGACAAAGACACCGAUUCUGAUAACGAUGAGGAGUUUUUGGACACCACCGCCUCUAUGGCCACCAUUGUGCCGCGACGGGGAUCUCUGACGUCGACUGGUACCACUUCGACGGAAACUACGCAUUCUAUCAAAUUCUCGAAAGAUAAUUGCGUAAUCAGUUAGUCGUAAUCGAUGAAUACUUCCAAGCAUGUAUCUGCCAGGUAACUGGCAGGCUGUUACAUCAAUUUUAUAUUUUAUGACUAUUAUAGGGAUUAUAAGAAUUACGUGUAUCGAAAUUUAAUUUUAAACGUCCACGACUGAUUGUUAAUGUUACGAGCGUCUAUGGUUAUGAUUAAUCUGCCUUCAGCAAGGUUAUAUGUUUUCACGUUCAAAUUAUAAUACAAAGCGGAUUUGAUUUUACUCAACGCGAGUUCAUGUUGGCGUUAAAUGCAUCAGCGUGCAAUCAGUUAUGUUUCGUAGUGAUUCUUAAGGAGAUUUAGUAACGGAAAUUCGUUGUUGAGCAUUUUUUAUAUUAACCAACUGUUUAUUUUUCGAAUGAUUCACAAAUGCAUAUGGAGUCUAUACGUUUAGAAGUUUAAUAGGAACGAAUGUUACGAAUAUUAAUUACCGUUCCGUUGAAUUGUAUCGAUGUUGCUUGCGCGCAUAGUUUACGCAAGGAUUAAGUGUUCGUACGUCUAAUCAUUGUGAACUCUGUUAUGAAGGAAAUAAAUAAAUCUACAAUGAACACGA